CAUUUGUAUGAAUGGUCGAACAAUUAAUCACUUCUCUUAAUCAAAAAUUAAAUCUCAUGUAUAAUUAAAGGGUAAUCAUGUAUUGAACAAACACCAUCAGUUACUCAAAUGGAUUUCAAUUAACGGAUGUUUCACAGAAAAGGUAGAGCAACAAGAUAUACAUCAUGUUUUUAAUAAGACGUGCUGCCCUAUUAUAUAGCACAUUACUACUGGGUAUACAAUUCGUAAGACUAAGGACUACACAAUCUCUACCCCCAGGGCCAGAUCACUCAAUAACAGGCACAGAAACUGACAUUCACUUUGGCGGACUCGGAUUUGCCACCUUCAAAGACCCAGUUCCAAUCCAAAAUUGCAAGCUGCAUUUCAUUUACGAAAAUGCUCCGACGAAAACGAAAAAAUAUGUCAUCAAUCCUGGCAAGGCUUGUUGUAUGAUUGAAUUCGUUAAUAUAACUCGCAUUGGUAAAAUGGAGUGUCGCAAGGACUGUUCGGAUUAUUCAAAAUUUGAUUUUCUGGAUAAGCCACCUCGUAUCACAAGUUUUGAAUGUAAAGAACCAGACUCCCCCAGAGACUGGUCACACGAGGCAUUAAUUGAGGAAGGGAUUCUAAAAUUUAAUUGCGACUCUAGGCGGAAGAUAAUAGGUAAACAAUGCUUAAGACGACAAAAAUAUUUCAAAAACUGUUGUUACUUGAGUUAUGAAUUACCAGCUUAUAUAUGUGAUUUUGAAUGUAUGAGAAAAUAAAGGUCCCUUGAAACUAAAUUUCGAUGGAAAACGGGAAAUUCAGCACUGGAUUCUAUUGUUUUUGUAUAUUAUACUGUGAUUAUGUUUAGCUAU